AUGAUCUUAUUACAUUUCAUUCCCGAAUUCAUCACUCCUGCGAAUUUCCUACAAGUCUCCUUGCAAGAACGCAGCGGCAGCUGGAGCGGUCGAUCUUCCGGGAUGAAAGUGUCCGAAGCUACUUGGAUUAAGAUACCGCACACAUUUCAAGUGCACUCAUAUAAGCGACCAACCGUAUGUCAUUAUUGCAAGAAGCUGUUGAAAGGCUUAAUACGGCAAGGACUACAGUGUCGUGAUUGCAAGUAUAACUGUCAUAAAAAGUGUAUUGAAAUGGUUGGGAAUAAUUGUCAUGGUAGUGGUAUUAUAACGCAGAACAUGCAGCUUGGAAUAAAUGAGAAAGAAUCUAUGGAAGUUAAUUUCGGUGGUAGCAUGAAGGAUUUACGGAUGUCUAGCGUCGCAUGUGAUUCCGAAAAUGACAAUGAUGACAAAAGUUUGACAGAAUCACCUCAAAAUCAUGAUAACUUCAUAAUAACGAUGAAUUCACAUCAUGGCAUAGCUCAAACAACUCCAAGUGUCCCCCUGCAAGCAACUAAUAUCAAAAAUGAUGAUCACGAUGUAUCGCGCAAUGAUGACAUUCUGACUGAUUCACAGAACAUUCCGUUGAUGCGAAUUGUUAUGUCAAAGAAGCGAACUAGGCCUUACAAGGCCAAAGUGUUGGAAGAAGGCUGGAUGAUGCAUUACACCGACCGCCAAGAUACGCGUAAGAGACAUUAUUGGCGUUUAGACACAAAAGCAAUUAUUCUUUAUAAGGACGAUUCAUCGACAAGAUUCUACAAAGAAAUUCCGCUGAGUGAAAUAUUGGAUGUGAAGUAUACCCCGGAUCAUGAUCUCGAAAAUGCAGUUCAUUUCCUGGAGAUUAGAACCCGAAAAUCUACCUACUACAUGACUGGUGAUCCAACAACAAACACUCAUGCCGAAGGUACCGAUGUGUUGGCCGCUUGGGUUGCAGCUAUUAAACAAGCCUUAAUGCCGAUUACACCACAAACAAGUGCAGUUUGUGCGCAAGAGCCUAACACUACGGACAGUGGUCACCAGCAAAAGCCCCAAAAUCCACAACAAUUCAACAAUGGAAUGGGUCAAUUAGGUAUACAGUUACGGGAUGAGGAGGAUUUUUCACAAAAUUAUCAAAUUUUCAUCGAUGAAAUCCUUGGUUCCGGACAGUUUGGCACUGUAUACGGAGGAAUUCACCGUAAAACAGGCAGAUAUGUUGCUAUAAAACUGAUUAAUAAAAUGAAAUUUCCAAACAAUAAAGAAGCGGCUCUUCGAACCGAAGUUGACAUUUUGAGCAAAGUUGAACAUCCGGGUGUGGUGGCAUUCCAGGAAAUGUUGGAAACUACAGAUCGAAUAUUCGUUGUGAUGGAAAAACUAAGGGGUGAUAUGCUGGAAAUGAUUUUGUGCAGCGAAAAAGGAAGGCUGUCCGAACGGGUUACACAAUUUCUUAUUUAUCAGAUACUUAUUGCAUUGCGUUAUUUACACAGUCUGAAUAUUGUACAUUGUGAUUUAAAACCGGAAAAUAUUUUACUAGCUUCAGAUUCAGAUUUCCCUCAGAUAAAACUCUGUGAUUUCGGUUUUGCUCGGAUUAUCGGUGAACGAGGAUUUAGACGAUCGGUUGUUGGUACACCUGCUUACCUUGCCCCAGAAGUGCUGUGUAAUAAAGGCUUUAAUCGGUCAUUGGAUAUGUGGUCCGUUGGUGUUAUCGUCUACGUUAGUUUGUCCGGUACUUUCCCAUUCAACGAAGACGAGGAUAUCAAUGAUCAGAUCCAGAAUGCCGAUUUUAUGUUUCCGAUGAACCCAUGGUGUGAAAUUACAGCUGUAGCAAUCGAUUUUGUCAAUAAUUUACUGCAAGUUAAAAUGAACAAACGAUUGACAGUGUUGAAAGCGUUAAGUCAUAACUGGCUACAGAAUUAUCAGCUUUGGUCAGAUUUGCGAUGUUUGGAAAAAGAAGUUGGCGGCCGAUUCUUGACGCACGAAUCAGAUGAUGCUCGAUGGAUUAGCUAUGAGAAUGAACUGGGCUUGAAACCUACUUAUUUGUAG